AUGCAGGCCAAUCUGUUUGCGCGCUCAACGGGGGAGCUGGGCCCUGAGGCAUUCGAGCGAACCAUCACCUCCCGCCUCGUCCGAUCCUUUGCUGCAGCUCCCCAGCACAGAUUCAAUGGCGAGGGUGCUGAAAUCGAAGAUUAUGGAAGACAUGUUGAUCUAUGGGCGCAUAGAAUUGGUGUAAACGCCUUGGCCUUGGACAAAUUUGAUGGCCGAUUAUUGCUCUCGGGAGGUGCUGAUGGCUCUGUGAAGCUUUGGGACCUCGAUCACGCCAGCAAUGCCAAUUCAUCCCACGUCUUCCAGCCCAUCGCUGAUGUUGCGCGUUCAAUUGGGGCCAAGAGCAACAUUCAUUCUCACGGCAUCACUCAUCUGGACUUCUAUCCUUUUGACUCAAAUGCCUUCCUUUCAAGCUCCUUUGACCGCUCGCUCAAGCUGUGGUCUACUGAAAACAUGACUGUUUCUGGAAGCUUCGAUCUCGAAGACCGCAUAUACACCCACGCCAUAAGCCCAGUGGCCAACCAUCUCCUGGUUGCCUGCGCUACUCAGCAUCCGUCCGUCCGCCUCGUUGACCUCAAGUCGGGCUCUUCAGUCCAGUCUCUGGUAGCCGACGGCGGUGCUGUCCUCUCUGUUGCCUGGAGCCCUCGCCACGAACACGUCGUUGCCACGGGACACUACGAUGGGAGAGUCAGGAUAUGGGACAUCCGGCGCGCUUCCGGCCUCAUUGGCCAGCUCGACCAGGAGGACAGUCUGGGCGUCGUCCACCGUUUCAAACACGCCACGGCAUCCGGCAUGGACUGGAAGAAUAUGCGUCACUUUCGCAGCUCGGCCAGGGCUCACAACGAGGGCGUCAACGGACUGACUUGGACCGACGACGGCAAAUACAUCAUCUCCGCUGGUCUUGAUCGCCGGAUACGCGUCUGGGACGCUGCCACUGGCGCGAACACGCUGGCUAGCUUCGGCUCACUGAUACAGAAUCAACAGCCCAAGACGGUCAACAUGUUCGUCACCCCUGCAAGGCUCACACCUGCCAGACGAGAUCUCCUGUUCUGGCCCAACGAGCAUGAGAUAUUGGUCAUGGAUCUGCAUGAAGGCACUCUGGUAUCUCGUCUGCGCGUGCCAGGGCCGAAAGUACUGCCCGAAAGUCAAGGCGUUCGAGGACUGAACGUCAAAAAUCGCACGAUGAGUAUGGUAUGGCGCGGUCACGGAGGCUAUAGACUCCAGAAAGGACCGAUCAUGGGUGGAGGAAGUGCGUGUGGUGCUGUCUACACAGCUCACUUGGAUGGCCAGAUUCGGGCUUGGAUGCCACGCUUGCCGGGACCAGAUGUCGACGAUGAUACCCCAGAUCCUCUAGACAGGGACGAACAGGAGCAGAACCGGAAAAGGAAGGCCCUGGACGAUGCGUACAAGAGCCUGAUGGGCAAGCAAAUCACGUUUAGAUGA